UGAGCCUACCGCCAUCUUGAAUCUGGCUGGUUUCAGUGAAUGAGAAGGGGGAAAAGGAACGAAGAGGAAUCGGAAGCUAAUAUCGCCAAGGAGAUACGUGACAGCUGUAGUGUUAGAACAAGUGUUCUCCUAAAAUAAGAGAGAACACGACCUGUCUGAGCGUCAUUUACAUCACCGACUGUACGUUUUGUUCUGUUUUUCGGUCUUUUGUAUCGAGAGCGGUGAAGUUGUUUCGAGAGCGGAGUUUGUUGUAUUUGAAUCAGACUUGGCAGCCCGGCUGAAAUCAACUGCAACAGGACGUUCCCGUACUACUGGAGGAAGCCUAUACACAUCACCUGUGUGCCACCCAUUGCCCAUCUAGACCCCAUCGACCUUAGUGGACGUCCCGCACUAAUCGGUGCCGGACCUGCGUUAGAGGAAACUCGACAGGACCGGGAUGAAAACAAACAACAGUUAUGGAACGGCGUGAAAACAAGUGAAUCCCCUAAUUGUGCAUUUUCUGACUGGACUGGAAGGUCGUGGCACGAGAUGCUAGAGCGGUCAGGGGCGCGGAUGACGCUCUGCCCAUGCACGGUGUCACCGAGCCGCAGCCGUAUCCGACUUGCCAUCUUUCAGAUUUUCCUGUGCGAGGCAUGCCUGGAAGUCAUUUAAACCAAAACAGCAGCAGCAGUAGUAUUGUCACCGGAGUGCGCAAAAACAGAAUCGAGCUGUUACACUUAUGUUUGCUUUUUGUUGAAAGUUAAUAUGAUGCUUUAAACUUCAGUGGUGGGAAGCAACAAGCGCCUUUGUUUUCUGGCAAGGCAUCUUUUCUCCAGCUACAGCACUUCUGGGAUCUUAUUCAUGCGCGUAUUCCCUUUGAAAAGGUGCACAGGACGGCACAAGUCAAUUCGACUACACGUGUCUCCAGAGUUCGGUUUUGUCGUCAAAGCAGACUUUUGCUUCCAGUAUACAAUAUUUGGGAUUUUGCCAGCAUCCAUUUUUUAAAACAUAUAUGUAUAUUUGAGCUUGCCGGAUUCCUUUAAAUAACAGAUGCGUGCAGCACGCGUAACAUAAAUCAAUACGUGCUUGCAGUAGCUGUACACCCGAUCCUCUGGGGUUAUACAUUUGGGAUUUUUAAAAAUUGUAAAUCGGGAAUUACCAUCUUUAAAAUGGGAGCAGCUGCGAAACUAGCAUUUGCCGUUUUCCUUAUCUCCUGUUCCUCAGGUGCAAUCCUUGGCCGUUCAGAAACACAGGAGUGCAUUUUCUACAAUGCCAACUGGGAGAAGGACAGAACAAAUCGCAGUGGCAUUGAACCUUGUUAUGGUGAGAAAGAUAAAAGAAGGCACUGUUUUGCUACAUGGAAGAACAUUUCAGGAUCUGUUGAAAUUGUUAAGCAAGGUUGCUGGCUAGAUGACAUCAACUGCUAUGAUAGAAAUGACUGUGUGGAAAAGAAAGAGAGUCCUGAUGUUUUCUUCUGCUGCUGUGAAGGCAACAUGUGUAAUGAGAAGUUUUUUUAUACUCCAGAAACUGUGGGAAUACAGCGCUCCUAUUCCCCUCUGCCUUCUGGGCACCUCUCAACUCUUCACACGGCCACAUCUAAUCCUGUUACACCAAAUACUCUAUUAUUUCACAUAUUACUUUAUUCCCUUGUGCCGAUUAUGGGGAUAGCUGUCAUCAUCCUAUUUUCAUUUUGGAUGUACAGACACCACAAGCUUGCAUAUCCUCCUGUUUUGGUACCCACACAACACGCCUUUCAUAUAAUGAUAGAGGAUCCUGGGCCCCCACCACCAUCUCCAUUACUUGGCCAAAAGCCAUUACAGUUACUGGAGCUCAAAGCUAGAGGUCGCUUUGGUUGUGUUUGGAAGGCACAGCUUUUAAAUGAAUAUGUGGCUGUCAAAGUAUUUCCAAUUCAGAAUAAACAGUCAUGGCAGAAUGAAUAUGAAAUCUACAGUUUGUCUGGAAUGAAACACGACAACAUCCUCCAAUUCAUUGGUGCAGAAAAACGGGGAACUAAUCUUGACGUGGAGCUCUGGUUGAUAACAGCUUUUCAUGAUAAGGGCUCACUCACUGAUUACCUUAAAGCAAAUGUGGUUAGCUGGAAUGAGCUGUGCCACAUAGCUCAGACCAUGGCCAGGGGACUGGCCUACCUUCAUGAAGAUAUCCCAGGAUUAAAAGACGGCCACAAACCAGCUGUGGCUCACAGGGAUAUUAAAAGCAAGAAUGUACUUCUGAAAUCCAACCUGACGGCAUGUAUAGCGGACUUUGGAUUGGCUCUAAAGUUUGAAGCUGGAAAAUCUGCGGGUGAUACUCAUGGUCAAGUUGGCACAAGGCGGUAUAUGGCACCAGAGGUACUUGAAGGUGCUAUUAAUUUUCAAAGGGAUGCCUUCCUUAGGAUAGACAUGUAUGCCUUGGGAUUGGUAUUAUGGGAGCUUGCAGCACGAUGUACAGCAGCUGAUGGUCCAGUUGAUGAGUACAUGCUGCCAUUUGAAGAGGAAGUUGGGCAGCAUCCAUCAUUGGAGGAUAUGCAAGAAAUUGUGGUUCAUAAAAAAAUCAGACCAGUUUUAAGAGAAUGUUGGCAAAAGCAUGCGGGCCUGGCAAUGUUGUGUGAAACCAUAGAAGAAUGCUGGGAUCAUGAAGCCGAAGCCCGGCUAUCAGCAGGUUGUGUGGAAGAAAGGAUUAUUCAGAUGCAAAGACUGACAAACACCAUCACAUCUGAGGACAUUGUUACAGUAGUCACUAUGGUGACAAACGUAGACUUUCCACCAAAAGAAUCCAGUUUAUGAUGGUUCUGCUUCUCAAGAGAGAAAUAUGCAUUGACCAGUCAGACUCUACCCAGGAGCUGCUUAGACUGUGCGAGCUGGUUACCAUUCUGACCACUGCAUCAGAACAGUACAGCAGCCAACAAAUACUUUGAAGCAACAGGACGGGUCCCAUUUCUACUAUGCAUUGACUUCGGGAAAACAGGGGAAAAACGAGACAACAAUGAGUGAUGGAGGAUGAAUUCCUGAUUGUGACAAGUUGAUUGCAAGAGGGGGAAAAAAAAAAAAAUCAGCCGGCAGAUUUUUUUUUUUGUUUUUUUAAAACAAAGAGAGAGGAUAUAUAUGUAAGCAUCGUCAUACAUUGGAAAAGGACUUUGUAAUUUAAGGAUAUUCAAAUGUCAGGUAUAUAUAUUUUUUUAUACCUGGCUGAAAAACUGAAAAAAAAAAAAGAAAUAAGACUUCCCAGAAAGGACAAUUGAUAGUUUUUUAAGAAAAGAAAAAACUGAAAACAAAAAUAACAGUUCAUUUCAUUUCAGUAUAAAAAAGGGCAACUUGUUUUUAAUGCAUUUGCUGUUUUGUGUUUAUAUGAUUGACUAUUGUAAUGCCAAUAUGAAACAGCUUGUGAAUGUUUAGUGUGCUGCUGCUGCUGUACGUAUAUCAACUACAAUGGUAAUCAAGGUUAUGUGGUGGGAUUCGCUUCCAAGCAUUACUUCUAAAUAACCAUGAACCUCCCUCAACAAGGUAUACCUCAGUUCCACAUCGGCGGAAUAUUGAUUUUAUGUUAACACUAAAACAAUUGGAAAACAUCAGUGGAUCUCUGCUUGGUAUUUACACUUAAAUUAAGUGGAUAAACACACUAUGGAAGAGCAAAGUGCUCUCUCUGCCUAUGCCAACAGAAAACGGCCAUUCAUGAAAACAGUGUUUCUGCUCAUUAUUGUUUAAGCUUCUCUCUUAUUUGACCUGCUUUUUUUAAUGAUUAUUUUUUUUUUUUAUAAUAUUUGAAAUUACUUUGUAUUGUUGUUUUAGAAAAAAGCUUGAUAAUCUAUACAAUUACCCACAUAUUUAAUUUAAAACAAGAUUUGAAAGCACUUCCCCAUUUUAGGUUUGCUGUGUAAAUCAAGAAUAAGGUUAUGCGCAUGACUUUUUGAUUUUAUUCCCUUGUAAACUGACACUGGUAUUCCCAAUUGGAAUUUUGUGGUUUUUUUUUUGUUUUUUUUUUUAAUUUUGUAAGACUGUAAUUUAGUGUUUUUAUGCCAAUCGCUUUUCCCCACCGCAUGAUUUUGUGUUGCUUUUCUGUACCUGUUACUUGACACCCAGUCCAAGCUCUGUUGGUUUCACUGUAUCAGAUACGCCUCAGGAAUCUUUACUUUCUCAACCCCCUCUCUCUGCUUUGAGCCACAAGUCAAGAUCAUUUUGGUGCCAUCAUUUACAAUAAAUGUUCAAAAUCGGGGUGUGGAUUCGGCCCUGAUGUUAGGAUGUAAGCCACAUUAAAUUUCAAACCAGGGGACAAACACAUACUGAAUGUCAUUGUAUGUGUUUAAAGAUUAAAAAAAAUACUACUUAAGAGAUGGGAGCAGUUACUUUUUUAAGCUUUCACGAUGCUUCCUUCAGUGAUAAAGGAAAACUAUGAAAAUAGAGGAAUAUGUUCCAUAUACACAGCAUAUGAAAAAGAAAAAAAAAAACAAUCAAAAGAGGAGACUUUUUUUUUUUUUGUUGUUUUUUGUUUUGUUUUUUAGUUUGCAGUUCGCAUAUACAGUACUGCAUUUUAUCAAUUUAUGAUACUUGCAAAAAAAGACGUCUACUUUUAUAUUUCAAAUAUUUUAUUUUCACAAACAGAUGUUCUAUAAUUCUUUUUUAAAGAAUAACAUUUCAGGGAUACAACUACUAUGCUUUACUAAGUUAAUUAUAUGCAAUCAGUGCAGGUACAGAAACACACUGACAUUGCCAAUUUGGCAAACUUUUCAAAGGUGUAGCAUUUUUAAAUAAUACAGUGCUGGGUGUCUCUUAGAUGAUAAAUCAUGCCAGGCCUGAUUAUUCAACGAUAAACUGGUGCCAAGUUUAUUGUAAAUGUACACUAAUAAUGCAUCCCUUGUUCUGACGAGACCCAAACCUAACGAAACGAAUGUGCAAGUCUGCUCAGCAGUAGCGUUGUCCUGCUUUCUUAGAUGUCGGAUCGGUUUGUUUGUUUAUUACAAGCAGUAUUCACAAAGGAGAAAGGUACCAAAUGCUGUAUGUUUCCGUUUGAGAAAGUAUUGUACUGUGAAUGUUUCUGCGUAUUGAAAGGUAGGAGCUGUGUAAAACUGAAAAUUCUGUACACUAACCCAUUGACUUGCCAGUACAUUUAUUGCUGCAGUCUGUGAAAGAGGUUUUCUACAAUUUGUCACUGGACUCCAAGCAGGGAGGGGCGGAAGUCAUAUAUGCAAUUACCUGUGUAUUACACCUGCCAUUGUGGUGUUCACCGUUGUGUUUUUGUGUAAAAGGAAAGAAAAGAAACAAAAAAGAAACACAAUAAUCUAAAAACACUGUAGCCAUGUGAACUCUGCUUCAUACUGGGUUUUAGGUAUUUUGGGUGUCAUUUGUCCCCGUUACAUUUUUAAACAUCUGAGAUAAAUUGCUGCUUUCCUCUCUUCUGCUGUCAUUGUUUAGAAAUUUACUGAGAAGCCAAAUAAAUUCAGUUCCUGCUAAACAUCUAAACAAAAAGGAGAACUCCAAGGAUGUAAUCGGAGUUCAGUAUUUCAUUAGUAGCCCCUGCAGUGAAUGGGUCACUUGUCCAUUCAUCGCCUCCUUUAUGUAGGAAACUAAUAUUGACGCCACAAAUGACACCCGAUAUCUUACCGUGGUUUACCUCAGAGAUCUGACCAGCAGUGUGUGAUAAGAAAUCUGUUUCAGUUCACGUGACACACAUUACCUCUUAAUAUGCCGGAAAGCUAUUAUAUUAGCUUGACUCUAUGUAUUUCUGCUGAUGUUCUUUGCGUCUUGGGCACAGAUGACUGUACUACUGUCAAAUUGUACUUGCCAUUUUUCUGCAAGUAUUUAACAAGAUUUCAAAGGCCUAGUUGGAAGUAGUUGUUCAAUAUUGUACAGAUCAAUUGUAUGCUAUUCCCCUUUAAAAUAAAGUAUAGUGACUGCUC